GGUUGUGACCUUUCACCCGUUGCUUUGCCAACCAUAAUUAUGGCGACUUUCACGGAUCUGAAAGCUGUUCUAAAGGAUACGCUGGAAAAGAGAAGAGUGUUAGGACAGCUGAAAGCAUUGGUUCGAGCAGAAGUGUUUGAAGCUUUGGAUGAUAAGAAUGAACCAAAACCAGCCCUAUCCCAGGAAAACCUACUCAUUAAUGAGUUGAUCAGGGAGUAUUUGGAGUUCAACAAGUACAAAUACUCGGCGUGUGUCCUAACUGCAGAAACUGGUCUCUCGGAAAUUCCACUUGAUCGUUCAUUUAUCGCCAGAGAACUUAAUAUUGCAGAGGACUCAAAUGCCCAGUCAGUACCAAUGCUCUACGGAAUCCUUUCUCACUUUCUAAGCGGCAGUAUAGACAGUGGUCCCAUGCGCCUACAGCCAUCGGUAGAGAAGCACAUACUGGCCAGGGUCGGGGGCUCUGCGGAGAGAACCGUACCAGAAUUCCACUCAGCUCCUGUACAAAUGACCGAAACAAGUACCAGGAAACCUCAUUUGCUGCAUGGCAAGAAUGUAUAAAUGGCACCUUCAUUUGGCACAGACUGUACAAUUUGUUUUUUUUUAUGGAUUAUAAUUUAUUUUCUAUGUAAUCAAUUUUGUUUAAAUUAUUGACUUUUUCAAAUUAAAUAUUAAAAUGUUA